AGUGAUUGCAUAAUCGGCAAGUUAAAUCUCAAGUCAAGAAUGAAUGAUGGCUGGUGCCAGUGGUGGAUUUCACGCCGCAAAGCGUUGUGUCCUUCUCAGUAGGAAUUCAUUGCUUAGAAGUAAAUGUCAUCAAAGAUUAAGAGUACUUGAACGAUGGCUAAGCUGCAGCUCUUAUUCAUUAGGUUCAUCUUACGAUUAUGAUCUAGCAGUUAUUGGUGGAGGAUCUGGUGGCUUAGCAUGUGCAAAAGAGGCUGCUGGUUUUGAUAAAAAGGUAAUUGUCCUAGACUAUGUAGACCCUUCACCUCAAGGAACAAAAUGGGGCCUUGGAGGAACUUGUGUAAAUGUUGGCUGCAUUCCAAAGAAAUUACUUCACCAUGCUUCACUUCUAAGAGAGUCUAUGCAUGAUGCUAAACAUUAUGGAUGGCAAGUUCCAGAUGAAGUUCAUUUAUCAUGGUCUACUCUAAUAGGUGGUAUACAAGGUCAUGUGAAGUCACUGAAUUGGGGUCACAGAGUUCAACUCAAAGACAAGAAUGUUGAAUAUGUGAAUGGAAAAGGUUCUUUCAUUGAUGAACACACAGUGAAGGUCAAGAUGAAAGAUGGAAAAGAGACCCAAUUCUCAGCAGCAAACAUAGUCCUUGCAACUGGAGGGAGACCCAAAUACCCAGACAAGGUACCUGGUGCAGUGGAGUAUGGCAUUACUAGUGAUGACAUUUUUUCUCAUAAAACUCCCCCAGGAAGGAGUUUGGUGAUUGGUGGAAGCUAUGUUGCUUUAGAGUGUGCUGGUUUCCUCCAUGGUCUUGGCUUCCCUACGACAGUAAUGGUACGGUCCAUCUGCCUCCGGGGAUUUGAUCAGCAAAUGUCCAGGCUUGUAACUGACCACAUGGAAGCUAGUGGAAUCCAGUUCCUAUGGCAACAGGUCCCAGAGAACAUAGUGAAAAAUCAAGAUAGCAGCUUGAAUGUCAAGUGGAGGUCAGGUCAAGGCCAGGAAGGUCAAGGAGAAUUUGACACUGUCAUGUUUGCUGUUGGUAGACAACCAGAGACUACACAACUUGGCCUGGACAACACCAGGAUUCAGCUUUCUGCAGGAGGAAAGGUCAUGGAGUCAGAAGAACAGUCUCCAGUCUCUCAUAUACAUGCUAUUGGAGACAUUCUUGAGGGUGGAAUAGAGCUAACUCCAGUAGCUAUCAGAGCUGGAAAGCUUUUAGCACAAAGAUUGUUUGGCCAAGGCACUGAACGUAUGGACUAUGAAAAGGUAGCCACUACAGUGUUCACUCCAUUAGAGUACAGCAGUGUGGGUCUCUCAGAAGAGUUGGCUAUAGAACGAUAUGGUGAAAAACAUAUAGAAGUUUAUCAUGCCUUUUAUAAACCACUUGAGUAUGCAGUAUCAAAUAGGUCAGCUGAACAGUGCUAUAUUAAGGCUGUUUGUCAAGCAGAAGGUAGUCAGAGAAUCAUUGGCCUCCACAUCACUGGUCCUGGUGCAGGGGAGAUUAUGCAAGGGUUUGCAUUGGCUGUCAAAAUGGGAGCUACAUACAAUCAGCUGUCUUCCACUGUUGGUAUUCAUCCCACCUGUGCUGAAGAAGUAGUCAAGCUUCACAUCACUAAGAGGUCUGGUCUUGACCCCACGGUCACAGGUUGCUGAGGUUAAAGGUCAUUUCCCUAUCACACAGCAUGUAGGCCAUAUGUGAGAGUCUAAUAAGACAGUUCAAAUAAUGAUGUUAAUAUGUAGUGAUGUGGCUUCUGUGAGCCACAACAAGUUAACUCUUUCAAUCCCCCCCAAGAAAAUAGAUGAUGUCCUUCUCUUUGUAUGCAAAGAGACAUUUUUGGUUUCAAAUGGCUUUUUUGUGUGUGUUGAUAAGACCUCUCAUGUAUGGCCCAUGCUUGGGGAAAUGACAAGCAAAUUUUAUUCAAUGUGAUAUAUGUGAUAAUGCUGUUAUGAUGGAUCAUCCAAAAACCAUUCUUUGGUAGGUUGAUCUUGAUGUGUUGCAUUGUCAAAAUAUUUUUGUAUUCUGUCUUGGCCGAUAUACAUGUGUAUACAUUAAUAUUGCUUGAAUUAUCUUAUUUUAUGUAUGUAUAAUGUAGAGGGCACUGUUACGUGAAGCCUGUUGGCACUGAUAAAUUUCCAUUCUCUGACAUUUACUUUAGUAACAGUCAGAAACCAAUGAUUACAAUUGAAUCCGGGGAUUCUCUGAUUCAGUUCUAUUCCUUCUUGAAACAGUGCUCUCAAGUGUAAUUAUUAAAAAUCCUAUCAAAUAAUUUUGAAAAGCCCAUUUUUAAGUGGAGCGAGGACAUUGUUUUUGAAAGAAUGUAAGGAUUAGGACAAAAUAUUGACUUGUAAUAUCUAGUAUUUUAUACUAUAAAAUGUGUAAUGCAGAAAA